GGCAUGCGCAAUCUGCUAGUCUGCGUUCUUCAACUGUGGUUUGACGGACGAUGUUGCAAGACGAAGUGAUAGGCAAGGUUUUCUUAUUAGAGCGACGAAAAAAUUUCUUACUUACAGACAUAAAACAAGAGCCAACUUCGGAAGGCGGCCUCCCUCAAAGCUUUUCUGCUCCAGUAAGUUUUUGGUAUACAUUAUGAUCUUACGCGAGUUUGGCGACGGAUUGAUAUCAGGUAAAGAAGCAUUGAAAACCUAGAAGUACUGGACGACUGUUUCAUCGUAUUUCGGAAUCAUCGGCUGUCUGCCCCUACUGCCUGGGUUCGAACCUAAGACCUUCCGGUUACAAGGCAAGCUCGUAUAGCACUCAGCUACUGGGACCCGAUUCAACGGCCAGUGCAUGAAUUCUAACUUCUACCUAUUCAUGAUUUAGCGCGACCACCAACCAAUGUCGUCGGUGGGAAGUUCACACACACUUGACUGUUUGGAACCCGGUGGUCACGACUUCUCUCUAGAACUCCAGGAAACUCCGCCCGGCAGGAAUUCACUAGCAAGCAUCAGAUUAAUUUUCAAGAGUUGGUUUGUAAAGAUUACACUUGUUUUUACUAGUUUGACCACGGAUUGAUAUCAAUUUAAUCCUUACAAACCAACUCUUGAAUGUAUUGUGCUGUUUUUAGAUUAAGUCCGUCUUUAGUUACCCAAUUCAUUUCAUUGAUUUUGUACAGCCUGAAUUAAGUAUCAAAAAUAAGACUUGUAUUUACACUGGUGUUGCUAAAAUUGUCCUAAUGAAUUCCGUUUUUGUAAUCCGUGAGGACUGGAUAAUUGUAGUAGUAUUGUGAAGUAACAUGUCAAGUAACAUGAUUCAUAAUACAACUUCCGCAGACACACGCCUAGAUUUGGCGACAGGUGGUGAGUGUGUUAAUUCGUUAGCAUUUCGUAACGACAUUCUCUCUGGUUCUUCAUCUGGUGUCACUCUUCCUUCAACAACGCAAUCUUCUGGACCUAUGAUGACUUAUGAUGCAUUUAAUCAUCGUCCAGUUCAUUCAGAUGUUCGUGCCACACCCGUAUCAAAACGAUGCACUCAACCAGCAACCAGUGUAUUGCUGAAUUCACAGCUACCAAUGGUAAACACUUGUUCCCAACAUUUAGGAAGUAAUAUACGAAAUCCAGUUAUAUCUACAGUCGAUCCGAACAGAUUGGCAAUCUCUUCAGCUGCCAACAGGAUUAAUGAACAAAUUAUGAAUCCUCCUCCUCCUCCUCCUAUGGAUGAAAAUGUCCUAUGGGGUCGUGUUACUCGAAACUCAUCGGGAGAUUUAAUAUUUCCCGGCAUAAAUCGCACUUUUAAAAGUGCUUAUUCAGUCUUGAGACAAAUUUAUCAAACGGCUACAGCUCAAGACAGUUUGUCUUUACAGUUACCGUCAUCCGCGAUUCAAUGUGAAAAUCAGGCAAAUAUUUAUUUAGAAAAAUCACUACCGAAUUCGCUACUUAAUUCAACUUCAAUAAAAGUGAGUGAAUAA